AUGUCGACUCCUCCCUUGACAAACUACGUUGCUUAUGUGGACCCCGAGCUUCAUUUGCCUCGAGUUGGGCAUCUGAAUUGGGAAAAUCAAACCAUUCAACCUCUUUCAUUUUCUUCCGGGGCACCACUUGAGAGCCUGGAUAUUCUUGCAGUUGGGAAGAAUUAUGCCGAACAUGCGAUCGAGUUCAACAAGUCUGGAUAUGACAGUUCCGAUAAAGCUGAUCAGCCUACCCACCCUGUCUUGUUCUCAAAACGUGCAACAUCCAUCGUGCCACACGGUACUCCAAUUGCUCUGAAUGAAUCUUUUACCCAAACACUGGACUACGAGGGUGAGAUCGGUGUAAUUAUUGGAAAGGGUGGCCUUGGCAUCAAGAAGAAAAAUGCUUUGAAACAUGUGUGGGGAUACACAAUUAUCAAUGAUGUUACUGCUAGAGAGCGUCAGCGUGAUCACAAGCAAUUCUUCAUCGGAAAAUCUGGUGAUACCUAUUGCCCAAUAGGCCCAGUCGCUGUACCAGCACACGACCUGCCUAGCAUCAUCCAGAGAAAAACCUUUAUCAACGGCCAAGAGCGACAGAGAGCCACAACACAGGAUUUGAUCUUCUCGAUCCCUACUUUGAUUGAAACCCUUUCAGUGGGAAUCACUCUUCAGCCAGGGGAUGUGAUUGCAACUGGAACUCCUGCUGGCGUGGGAUUUGGUCAGGGUCCGCCCACACCAAUGCUUCCAAAAACCAUCACAGGGGACUGCCUCACUGAGAUAAAUGGGAAGCGAGUUUACUACAAGAAACAAGACACUGGAAACAAACCAAUUGUCUACGUACAUGGUCUUGGAAGUUCCAACGAAUUCUUCACACCACUGAUCAACACUCUUGACCUGAACAUGUCGCAUCAGUUGUAUCUCAUCGACCUAGAGGGCCUUGGGCUAUCACCUACAUCACCACUGUCUACUAUUACGAUUGAAUCCCUGGCAAAGGACAUGAAUGGCCUUUUUGAGAAGGAAGGACUUUCCGCAGCUUCUCAAGCUACUGUGGUGGCACAUUCAAUGGGAUGUCUUGUCGCUCUCUGCUUUGCGAUCAAGUACCCGGAGAAGGCCAAAAAGCUCGUUCUUCUCGGUCCGCCCCGGAAUCCUUUGCCGGCUUCUGCUGUGAACACAUUCAACGAGCGUGCUUCUCUUGUUAGGAGAAAGGGAAUGCUUGCGAUUGCUGAUACAGUCUCCAUCGCAGGUACCUCGCAGCGUACAAAGGCCUCACUUGGCUUCACGGCCGUAAAGCUUUCUCUACUUGGAACCGAACCUGAGUCAUAUGCCAAGACAUGUACUGCACUCGCUGGGUGCAAAGCACUGCCUUUUCAGUGCAUCCAGGCAAAAACCUUGAUUGUGACAGGCGAUGAAGACAAGGUCAGCUCGCCUGAAUUGUGUACUGCUUACGCGCAGAGAAUUCCUGACGCAUUACCCCCUGUCAUCCCGAGCAAAGUCGGCCACUGGCAUAUGUUUGAAGACUUCCGUGGAGUGGCAACAGCAAUCAGCGGCUUUAUUUGA